GGAAGUGGCGCGGUGGCGCAGGUGGCAGGGCGCAGCCUUGAGCUGCAGCGCCCAGGCCAGGGUUCAGACCCCGCCACGGACCGCGCGGAGGAGCCGCCCGCCAAGCAGGGCCGCGCGGAGGGGAGACCCCGGCCCCAGGGCGGCUCUGCUCCGCCCGCUUUCCGGCCGGCUGGCUGGAGGGUCCUCACUGAGCGGCCAGCGGGGCGCCUCGGCCCCCGUGGCCGGCCUGACACGCCUCCCUCCCGGCAGAGGUGCAGAUGUACGUGUGCAACAGGGAGGUGUUCGGCUUCCUGCCCGUGCCGCUGCGCGCCCACAGCACUCUGCGGGACGAGGCCGAGAGCUUCCUGCACACGCAGCUGGAGGUCAUGGUGAAGCACCCGCCUGUGGCCUACUCGCGCUUCAUCUCUGCACCCACCAGGACCCCCGACAAGAUGGGUUUCGACGAGGUGUUCCUGAUCAACCUGCAGCGGCGUCAGGACCGGCGGACGCGCAUGCUGCGGGCGCUGGAGGAGCAGGAGAUCGCCUGCCGCCUGGUGGACGCGGUGGACGGCAAAGCCAUGAACACCAGCCAGGUGGAGGCGCUGGGCAUCCAGAUGCUGCCCGGCUACCGUGACCCCUACCACGGGCGGCCGCUGACCAAGGGCGAGCUGGGCUGCUUCCUCAGCCACUACGGCAUCUGGAAGGAGGUUGUGGACCGGGGGCUGCAGAAGUCCCUCGUGUUUGAGGACGACCUGCGCUUCGAGAUCUUCUUCAAGAGACGCCUGAUGAACCUCAUGGAGGAUGUGGAGCGCGAGGGCCUGGACUGGGACCUCAUCUACGUGGGCCGGAAGCGGAUGCAGGUGGAGCACCCCGAGAAGGCGGUGCCUCGUGUGCGGAACCUGGUGGAGGCUGACUACUCGUACUGGACGCUGGGCUACGCCCUUUCCCUGCGGGGCGCACGCAAGCUGCUGGCCGCGCGGCCGCUGGCCAAGAUGCUGCCCGUGGACGAGUUCCUACCCGUCAUGUUCGACAAGCACCCGGUGUCCGAGUACAAGGCCCACUUCUCCCCGCGGGACCUGCGCGCCUUUUCGGUGGAGCCACUCUUGCUCUUCCCCACGCACUACACGGGGGACGACGGCUACGUGAGCGACACGGAGACGUCGGUGGUGUGGGACAACGAGGGCGUCCAGACCGACUGGGACCGCGCCAAGUCCCAGAAGAUGCGGGAGCAGCAGGCGCUGAGCCGCGAGGCCGAGAACUCGGACGUGCUGCAGUCCCCGCUGGACAGCGCGGCGCGGGACGAGCUCUGAGCCGCGCCACGCGCUCGUGGUUCUUCACCCAAGUAUUUAUUGAGUGCCCACCGCGUGCGGGGCUCGGGGAACGCUGCGUGGGCAGCCGGCGCUCGGGCUCACGCCGUGAGAUGCGCCGAGCCCCGCGCCCCCGAUGCCCUCCGUCCCCACGGCCAGAGCGGGGCGCGGCGACGGCCAGCAACAACCCACGGACCGUGCGCCGGAGCGCUGAGCGCAUCACCAGGGCCUGGCCCCGCGGAGG